CGGUCGGCUGGGUACGUUCCAUUCGGCGCUGUGUGUGCCAAUGCCGGCGGCAGUCCGGUGAAAAAUUUUAAAAUUAGAAUCCGCCGAACGGUCCGUUGGGUUGCAAUUCGACGUGCAUUCGAAAGGGAGAACUCGCCGCGAGCGGGGCGUCGGAAAAAAUUCGAUUUUUCGAAGAAAAUUAUAACGAGUUUUAUAGAGCGCGAGUUUCGAUUCGAACUUCGAUUUAUUUGCAGUGCGCUAGUUUCGGUGGUUUUGAUAAGUUCGUUGGAAGAAUGGAUGCCUCUUAUUUCUGGAUUUUUGUCGUUGGUUUGAUUUGUUACGUAAACGGUUCGAUCAAAAUCACGGAGGUGCGCGUGCCGGACUCGAUCCCGCUCGACGGCAACGCCACCACUUUGGACUUCGAUUGCGCGUACGAGGCGAUCGACGAGGCCGACCUGGAGGUGAAGUGGUUCUACAACGGGCUGACGCACCAGGUCUACCAGUGGAUACCGGGCUACGCGAACCGCGGCGCCCUCGGCCUGCUCAAGGACCGCAUCGACAUGGACUACGCCGUCACCAACGACAGCGCCACCGAGUUCCGGGGCUUCCGGGUGACGAACGUCACCAGGGACCUGUCGGGGAACUACACCUGCAAGAUCAGCAGCGAUCGCGGCGAGGCCGUCGCGACCAAGCAGCUCAUCGUUUAUUCGCCGCCCGAAAUGGACUUGGACAUGGCGUUGUUGAACAGCGAAGGGCUGGUGAUUUGCAACGCGUACGGGAUAUGGCCCGUGCCCGAGGUGGAUUUCUAUAUCAUUUCGAAUAACGGGAGUCGCGUGGAUGUCGAGGAAACCGUGCAGCAUUCGGAGGAGGACGUCGAUGGAUUGUUCAACGUGACCGCCAAGCACGAUUUUAGCGGUUACAACGACACGUUGAGCGGCCAGACGAGGUUUGUGUGCAACGUGAGCAUACCGGGGACUUCGUUUUAUUCGUACAACGAAAUCAUCCAUAUCGGAGAAGGAGAAAAGGCCGAAUUAAACGUUACCGAUGUAGCGUUUAAUGAAACUAUAUUAAUGGCAAGGAAUGAAUUCCAACUGGAAAUUGUCAACACUACUCCCCGAGAUAGCUCAGCUGGUCGUGUAACUGGAAGAAGCGCUAUAAUCCUGCUGCCUGCAAUAUUCCUGGUACUACUGUGGAGUAAUCUCUAA